CCAAACAUCUAUAAGGGGGUUCCUAGUAAUAUAUUCGUAUUACCUACCAAGCUUGGUACAAUUCUGUAGUACUGAGGCAUAUACUGACGUAUUCACAUCCUAAAAAGCAAAGUCGUUCGGAUUCAUGUGUUUACAUACAUAGCGUACUUAGGUACCUAGGCCCAGGAUUUAGGAGUAAAAUCAAGAUCCCUUGUCCUUGCCAAACAAACCGGAGAAGGAGAAAUCAGACUCCGAAGGAAAGAACGCUAAAACGCUUAGACCACUAUGGUGCACGUACCCUCACAGGUAAAUCUACCUUGGUACUUGCCUACGUCCUAAUCCUUGCACUACCAUCGUCGCAGAGCGCAAAUAUUGAAGCUCUCAGCAAGUUCUACUCUGUAUUUCAUGGCCCAAAAUGUCUUCACAAACAGAAUCAGGCGGUGACCCAUGGAAUAAAGAUUCAAAGCGCAAGUUUGAGAACAAAUCAAAAAGCGAAUUCUUCGAUCCUUGCCAAGAAGCAGCCGCGAGAAGUAUCCGUUGUCUAAAUCGAAACGGAGGAGACAGGCAAAUGUGUACUGAUUACUUUGAGGCUUAUCGCGCAUGCAAAAAAGAAUGGGUCAAUAAGCGCAAACAAGAAGGAGGUGGCUUCUUUAACAAGGGAUCUUGAAUACCUCUAAAGUACCUAGGCAUCGUAGGAGGUAUCUUUGGAAAGCACGUCUGGAGAAGAGAAACGGCGUGCAGAAAAGGAAAUCACGACGGUUCUGCUUUAAGCAGGAACAAUUGUAACAUCACAUGUACAACAGAAAAGGGGAGAAGACAUAGGCAGUAAAGUGUACAUGUAUAUAGAGCCAAUUCUUCCUAUUAGCUAUUUCUACAUAAAUUCAACUCAUUAUAAUUCA